AUGACCGUCGCUGGUAUGCAGAAACUCGUGAAGCGCAAAGGACCCUGGGAGAUGACGCCUGGCCUGUUUGAUUACAUAGCGAUGGAUAUUUACUCUUUCCCAGCAGCACAUGCAAGCCGGGCUGCCAUGGUAUCCAAGUUCCUUUUGUCACACUUAGUGCUCGCUGUCCCUCUGCGCAUUUUACUGGUGCUGUGGGCUUUCCUGGCCGGCAUGUCCCGCAUCGUUCUGGGCCGCCACCACCUGACAGAUGUGGGAUGUGGUUUUGCAUUGGGCUAUCUCCAUUUCAAUCUAGUUGAAAUGGUGUGGCUGCCCUCCAACACUUGCCAGACUUUGAUCUCCAUCGGGACACUCAGUUGGAUCCCCUUCUAA